GGCAACACUAUUAUGUUUUAUUAUUUCGAUUUUGGGUUAAAAAAAUAACAUCUAUGAUAUUCUAUGUAUUAUAGCAUAUCUAAAGUAAACUAUGAAAAUUAUACUCAUAACUUAAAAUUCAUAUCAGUAUUGUACUAUCUUGAUUAUUACGUAACGUUAUGCUAAGAUUUUUUGGAAGUACUGGAAUUUUGUGAUGUAGUUAUGCGUGUAUUACGACCACUAACGACUAUAUUUAGAAAAACUGUUCUGUCGAAUAAAAGCUUUCAGUUGCGACACCCUUUUACCACUGCGCUGGUUUGGAGAGCCAUGGAAGACAAGGAGUCGAUAAAGAAAAGAUUAACUCCACUCCAAUAUCAUGUCACACAGGAAGCAGGAACUGAGAGACCUUAUACUGGUCGUUUCAAUAAAUUUUAUGAGGAAGGCCUAUAUGUGUGUAUAGUUUGUAGACAGGAAUUAUUUACAUCAAAAUCAAAAUAUGAUUCUGGAUGUGGUUGGCCAGCAUUCAAUGAUGUUCUAGCUAAGGAAAAAGUGACAUUACAUCAGGAUACCAGUGCCGUUGGGGCAAAUAUAUUACUGGUUUUAACACGACCAGGUAUGGUGCGAACUGAGGUGCGAUGCUCCAAGUGCUCAGCUCACCUUGGACACGUGUUCAAUGACGGGCCGGCACCCACCAAGAAACGUUUUUGUAUUAAUUCGGCAUCUAUGGACUUCAUACCGGCGGAGGAGAGAAACGAUUAGAAGUUUCUUAUGUAAAGAAUUGUCUACACAAAUUGUACUUAACUCAAUGUUUUCAGUACCUAUUUACAAUGUAUACUAUUUAUUUAUAACGAAUAAGAGGGGUGACUUAAUAAAUAUUUUUGCUCCCAUACUAAUUGUGCAAGGAGUUAUUUUUAACUAUAUAUGUAUUUAAUUUAGGCUACAAUUUGUUAUUUUGCAUAAUGUAACAUUGGUUACCACAUUGAAGUCAUAAAUAUAAUUCCUUAAAUAUUGUUUAUGUUAGUAUCUUUGUAAGUACAAAGAUGUGUAAUACCUACCUACUGAUUAUGGCUUGUGACUAACAAUAAAUAUUUUUGUAAAUAA